AUGGAGUGGAAUGGGAGCACAAGACGCUAUGUUCCUCGACCUGAGUCUUCUUUAAGCUUCCUCUACAACUAUAGCUACACCCCAUAUCCAGGAAUGGAAGUGAAGCAACAAGCACUGGCAGAGACACCCCCAUCAAUGGAAAAAAUGAACUGUGGGAACCAAGAGAAGAAGAAGAGAUUAACAAGUGACCAACUUGACUCGCUGGAGAGUAGUUUUCAGAAGGAGAUAAAGUUGGACCCUGAUAGAAAGAUGAAGCUUUCAAAGGAGUUAGGGCUUCAGCCUCGUCAGAUUGCUAUUUGGUUCCAAAAUAGGCGUGCAAGGUGGAAGACCAAGCAACUUGAAAGUUUGUAUGAUACACUUAAACAAGAAUUUGAUGUCAUAUUCAAGGAAAAACAGAAGCUUGAGGAAGAGGUUAUGAAGUUAAAGGCCAUGCUGAGAGACCAAGCUUCUAGAACCCAAGUAUCAACAGGUUAUACAGAAAUCUCUGGAGAGGAAACAGUAGAAAGCACGUCAGAAGCUCUUCGUUGUUCCAAAAGGGGAACCCUUCAUCAUCAUCAGAACAUUGGCGAGGGAAAUUGUUCUUUCAUUUUGGAAGAUUAUAAUAACACUGUUCCAGUACUACCCUACUGGCCUGGUGCAACUUAUUAUCCCUAA